GAGAAUCAUAAGUAGCAAUUAUUUGUAUCUUUAUAUUAUAAUUGAAAGAUAUGAGCAAGUUCAUAAUCUGCGCGUUUCUAGCGGCCAUAGGCUACCAGUGCUAUCUGGCCGACGAGAGUCCUCGCGAGGCGAUCAAGAAGUUUCACAACGAAGUACGGGUCGAGGUGUGUAAUCCGGAUACUUUAGACAACUCCAUUAUAGGCAAACUGUCGGACUGUAUGCAGACAUUCUUUCAAAUUGAACAAAUGGCCGAUCAUGUGGACAUGUACAUAGAAUUGGUUAAAGAUUGUAUCACGACAGAUGAUUUGAAACCAUACACCAAGGUCAAUGUAACCACUAAUUUGAACAAGCUAGUUCUAUCGAGUUGGUGUUCCCGAGGGUUCGUAAAGUGUAUUCAUCAGAAGUUUCAAAAGGCUAAACAGGAUCAGACCGAGGAUCAGGUGGACCCUGACUUCUAUAAGAAAGUCAAUGGUGAACAGGUGGCUGAGUUCAAGACUUGUCUCAAAAACGCAACUAAAGUCUAA